AUGUCCAAGCCAGCUGACCCUGCACCCGAAGUGGUCCGAGAGUACGAGCAUGACGAAGGGGAGGAGAGUGACGAGUAUGAUCUCGAUGAAGAGAAAGACGAGGAGACCGGCGGUUUCGAGGAUGACGUAGAAGACGAGGGCGAUGAAGAGGGCGAAGAAGAGGGCCAGCGGGGGAGCAGCUUGACGGCGCUCCUGCUCGGCGGUAACGGUGAACAGGAUGACGAUGAGGAGGACGAAGAGGAAGAUGAAUAUCAAGAGGCGCCGGAGAAGGUGGCCGUUGGAGAGAAGCGCGCGCGCGAGGCGGAACUGGAGGAAGAGGACGGAGAAGCGAAGAAGGUCAAGGUUUGA